AUGCACGCCCCGUUGAACGUCCCGCUGAGGGAAGCCUCCUGUCUCAAGGAGAUCCAAGCCAUCAACGAGUGUCAUGCAAGAGGCUUCUUGGCACGACUAAAAGGAGACUGUAACGCCGCUCGGGAGGCACUGAAUCUGUGUCUACGAAAAGAGAGACUGGAUCGAACGGCAAGGAACUCGGAGAACGCCAAGUUGAGAAACGAGAAGAAGAAGCAGGCGUGGGAAUCGCUCGACAAGGAAGUCUAG